AUGCAAAAAUGGGCGGGGUUUGUUUUCAAACCAAGCAAGAGAAAGCAGCUGAAAAUGGCGGCGGCGGGGUGCGCCGGGUCUGUCAGCGGACUGGGACAGCAGGCUAAAGCGAGGCCUGGAGCCGGUUCUCAUCACCGUCAUGUGCGCGGUCUUACUCUGGAGGAAGCUCGGUGUCCGGUUUGCCUGGAGAUUCUGCUCGAGCCCGUGACUAUGCCGUGUAGACACUCGGUUUGCCUCCACUGCUUUAAGCGGACGGUGGAGUGCAGCGGGUUGUGCUGCCCGUCGUGCCGGUUGCGUGUGUCCAGCUGGGCCCGAAAUAAACAGUCCCGGGAGAAAAGCCUCGUCAACACGGAGCUCUGGGACAGGGUCCGCCAAAGUUACCCGGAAAGAUGCGGCCGGAGAUUAGAGCAGAGGGACCGAGUCAUGGCUUCAGAAGAUGUUUUCUGUUCACCUAUACAGAUCUGUACGCCUGGAGAAAUGCGACAGGAGUAUGAUAAACAAAAGAAUAAGAUGAUGAUGGAUGAAGAAACUGAAGACAGAAUGAAAAAAUUACCCUGCCGUAAGAAAGGGGAAUGCGGACUGCAACAUUCUCAGGAUACUUCUUUAGGAGUGCUGUCAGACUCUGAGAAUGAAGAACCUAGGAGAAUGAGAACCAGGCAUGCAUCAGCAUUUGUGCGCAGAUCAAGGUUUUCUCCAGCCUUAUGUAGAAGUCUGUACAACAUCAAUGUACAACGGAGCCAAAGCUGUACUGACUCUGAGGAAGGACGAAGAAAAGUCAGAGCUCAAUCGCACCUUUCUUUCCCAGAAAAAGCUAGUAUCUGUCAUAGUUUCAAUGCUGGAAUACUCCUAUCCUCUGAGAACAGUCGUUCCUUCUCAGCACCAGUUCUUCCCCUUGACAAGAAGCAACACUGGCGUUCCAUCUUGGCCUCUCCUCCUUCCUCUUUAGUGCCUCACACUAAACGCGAGCGAUCCGUCAGCCCAGAGAGCAAUGAUAGCAUCUCGGAAGAGCUGAACCACUUUAAGCCCAUAGUUUGCUCACCAUGUACGCCACCAAAGAGACUCCCAGAUGGCCGGUUAAUGGAACCCACCAUAGUAAAGUCCACGCCCAGGAACCUGACCCACAGCCUGCAGAAAAGCACCAGCUAUGAAGCCAGUCCUAGCAUCCUACAGAAGUGGAAGCAGGUUGAACUAGAUCGGCAGCGUGUCAAGUUCUUGUCCAAAGAGACCAUCACCAGUCCAGUGGCACAUGAUUACAGCAUCACUCAGAGCUCUGAAGAAGACCAAGAGAACAAAUCCUGUAACUGUGGUCCCAUGGAGAAAGGCUUGCAGGGUCAACAUUGCACUUGUACUGCAAACUUAAACUUGUCUAGAAAGCAGAGGGAAAAGUCUUUGCUUUAUAAUAAGCGGCAGUUGAUUUUUGAUCAGUGUAAUAGAGAUGAUGGGUCACAUUCUAAAAAUGCACAGCCUACGUUGAUGGUACUUGGUAAUUCUGAUGCUCACAAGCAAUGUGGUGCUUGUGAACCACAUUGUUCACCUUCAGGACAAGUUGAAAACUUGAAAUCACCCACGGUGGACAAACAUACGGGAGUAAGUCAUAAUCAGGGUGUGGAGGACCUUCAGGACUUAAGGAAUGAGCCCACUGUCAGAAGUUGUGUACUUAACAGACCUACCUCAAGAAGGGGCAAAAAGAGGAGCCAGAAGACCAAACAUUUAGAAGAGACUAAGAGGAUAAAAAUAUCCAAGAUUGAAAGCCAUGAUAACUGUGACCCACAGUGUAGACAAAAUGAUCUGUACCUUGAACGGAUCCAUCAAGAACAAAUGGACCGAGAACUGGCAGUAAAGCUACAAAGACAGUUUGACCAAGAAGACCAGAAAGUAGAAAGGCAUAGGAUGAGUUCUGAUAAGUAUCCUCUACGGUCCUGGAUUUGUGUAGAUAGUAGAGCAGCUCAUAAUCCACGCAGGUCAGGAAGGAUUUCUAGGAAGAUAAAACACUUUUAAUUGAAAUAAAGGCUUAAAUCAAGUUAUUGACAGGGGACAAAAGCAAACCAGUCUGACCUCAUCUGUGCGACACAAUGCUGAUGGCUUUUGGAAUGGUCUUAGUGACUGGGACAACUAUGUUUAUGCUUGGGUUGUGGGUUUUUUUUUUUCCAUACUAUAUAUCUCAGAGAAUUGUACCAAAUAACAGCUCUUUUCUUCGAUGAAAAGCUUGCAGAAUUGUUUGCCCUUACUGUUUUUGUCUUUAAUUUGGCACAGCCUAAUCAACAACCAGAAAAUUCCUAUAGGACUGUUCUUUUUGGGGCAUUAAACAUAAAUACUAAAUAUAAUGAUGAAGUGCAUUAUUGUUAUAAAUAUAUUAGUUCAUGUUUAAAAAGGAAAUGCUGAGUGUUAGUUAUAAUUCCUUACUUUAAUGGGCAAUUAGCCUCAUUUUUAAGUGCUCAGAUUGAAGAGUCAAAAGCCUGAGUUUUUGCCCAAGAGUGUCCUACAGUGCCUGUCUCAAAUUAGAUUGAUUAUGGAUAGCACUAGAAAAGCUUUACGUUAUCCAACUUGCUACAUUUAUUCUUAACAGAGGUUCUUGUCUUAUCUUGCUUGGAAAUAUUCUUUUCUGUUUUAUUUUUAAAUUAAUUUAUAUUCAGAGUUUCCCCCUAUGUCCAUGAGGUUUUUCAUGUCUUCUUCUUCCACUGUUAGAAUCUGACAUGAUAUAUUUUUAUGGUGUCGAAAGUUUUUGGCCAGCUUGACCUUAAAUAUAUAUAUUGCACUAUAUGCUUGAAUAAGCAUACACAUAUUGUAUUUAAUCACUGUAGACUUGGUCAUCUUAAAAAAAACAAAAAAAAUCGCUGUGAGGUUUUAUUCAUAUGCCAAAUUUUUAUUUACAUUUCUCCAUUAUGUUUAUUUUCUGAUACACGUUCUGCAUUUUCUGGUCAGUACUGUAUUGGCUCUAAAUAAUUUUAUUAAAGCUUGUUUUGACUGUAUAUUAAUGUGGAUGUAUGCACAAAGAGUAAUGGAUUAGCUUUCUGAUCUCUUUGACUUUUAAAAGUAUUGGAAGCAUUAGACAUGCAUAUUUGACCUGCGUUUGGAGAAUUGUUUGUUUGUUUUGGAAAAAAUGUGUGAAUGAUGGGACCAAAUGCAAGUAUUCUUAUUUUUUUUAACAAUAUUCCAAUCAUUUGACCUUUUUAAAUCACAAGAUCAUGUGCUUAUUAGUUCAGCUUAACUCUAUUAGUC